AUGGUUCUGAGCUUCAAACGAGGUGGAGGUCUAAUUAAUAAGCUUAUUGAUAACCUACCUUUUGAGGCACAUCUGUUGGGUGGAUACCAAUUUUGUGGGGCUGGUACUAAAUUGGAGAAACGUCUGGCAAGGGGCGACAAAGGGAUCAAUCCACUUGAUAGUUACUGCAAGGAACACGAUAUAGCAUACGCUCAGAACAAGGAUUUAACGAGUAGACACAAAGCUGACAGGCUGCUGGCCGAUAGGGCGUGGACGAGAGUAUCGGCUCCGGACGCUAAACUCGGUGAAAAGGUAAACGCUUUUUUAGUAACGAACGCUAUGAAAGCAAAACUUAAACUCGGUGCUGGUAUGAAGAAAUCGAAGUCAGAAAGUGUUACAAAGAAAAGGCAGAAAAGGAGUCCGAAACAUGACAGUAAGAAUGGAAAUACACAGAAGAAACACCUCAAGGAUGCUAUACUGGCGGCUAAAAACGAACUUAAAAAGAGUAAAAGCAAAGAACUUAAGGUAUUGGUUCCUGCAGCGUUGAAAGCUGCAAGAAAUGCGAUGAGGGGUGGUAAAAAGGAUCAAAUAAAAAAACCUAGAAUCAUACCCAUACCCAAAUCUGGAGGAGCGUUACCGUUCCUGUUGCCAUUAUUUGCCGGACUGUCUGCCAUCGGAAGUCUGGCCGGCGGAGCUACCUCAGUGUAUAAAGCCAUAAACGAAGUUAACAGAGCAAGAAAGGAAAAUGAACUUAUACUUAUAAGAUCAAGAACUGACCUAAAUGCUAUGCUUGGUGAGGUUAAGACUGAAACAGGAGCUGCAGUUGCUAACAAGAUGUCGAACAGAACAGUCGUAUGUGAUAUCCAAGGGUUCCGUGGACUAAAAAAUGAGUUCAUCGUGAAGGAAGCAGCUUUUCUCACAACUUCAGGUGCGGGUACAGAUCACAUCGACGGAAAACCUCAGAGAAAAGAAAAUUGUGCAAGAUGUGGGCUGUUCGAAGAAGACGCAAGCUUCUCACAGCAAGCCUUCAUUUAUGCGACAGACUGGGCCAAUGAGAGGGAAGACUUGCCGCAGUUCGCCCUAGCAGCCGACAUCACACAGGUGGAUUACUUUGACAGCUAUCAAAUAUCUCUAAAAGUAUGUAAUAUGCUGGGAGGAGGUGUCGCUGGAGUGUUUGGACCUCGGUCAGUAGACACCAGUGACCAUGUCCAGUCCAUCUGUGAUGCCAUGGAGAUUCCUCAUGUGGAGAUGAGAUGGGACUCUAGACAACGUAGAGGCUCCUGUCUGGUCAAUCUGUUCCCUCACCCUUCUACAAUGUCCAAGGUGUUUGUCGACCUAGUGAGCAUCUAUGAGUGGGAGAGUUUCACGAUUGUGUAUGAAGACAAUGAUGGACUCAUCAGACUGAAUGGCCUCCUUACCUACUAUGAUCAUAAGGGAUAUCCCGUCACUGUCCGCCAACUGGACGAGGGAGGAAAUUACAGGCCAACUUUUCGGAGGAUAAAGAAUGCUAAUCAGAAGAACAUUGUGUUGGAUUGCUCAGCAGAUAUACUCUUUGAUGUAUUAUUACAUGCACAACAAGUCGGCUUGAUGGGCGCUGACUACAGUUACAUUAUAACAUCUCUGGAUUUUCAAACUAUUAACUGGGAACCAUUCAUGUACGCAGGAACAAACAUAACUGGUGUACGUUUGUUCGACCCUGACAGCAGCGAAGUGAAAGACGUCUUGAGCUUCUGGAAGGACAAAGACAAAGACCUCCAAAUAUCAGGUGAAACUUUACGUACUGAGACAGCUCUGAUCCAUGAUGCAGUGUUGUUUUACGCUAAAACCGUGGAUCAGCUGUUGAGAAGUAUGGAUAUUCAACCUAAGCCUCUCAGUUGCGACACCAAUGAGAACUGGGAUCACGGCUAUAGUAUCAUCAACUAUAUGAAAGUGAGUGAAAUGAACGGAUUAACAGGCCUAAUCAAAUUCAACCAUGAAGGCUUCAGAACAGACAUAAAGUUGGAUGUAAUUGAACUCACAUCUGAAGGUCUGGAAAAGAAAGGAACUUGGAACACCACGGAAGGAGUGAAUUUCACGCAGACUUUGGAAACAGAAAGUGAAAUUGCUACUAAGCUGGAAAUGAGAAACAUGACUUUUGUUGUCAUGAUAUCAUUGAUAGACCCACAUGCCAUGUUUAAAGAGACAACCACCAAGCUGGAGGGUAAUGACAAGUAUGAGGGGAUGGCAAUAGAUGUGAUACAUGAACUGUCUCUCAUGUGCGGCUUCAACUACACGUUCCGAGAGCAAAAGGAGGGGGGCAGCGGCAACCCGGACCCUGUCACCAACAAGUGGAACGGAAUGAUCGGAGAGGUCAUCUCUGGGAGAGCUGACCUAGCAAUAGCAGAUAUUACUAUAACCCAGGAAAGAGAAAAAGAUGCUGACUUUACUUUGCCUUAUAUGAAUCUAGGAAUCAGUAUUUUGUACAAAAAACCAACAAAGUCUCCAAGCUUGUUCUCAUUCAUGUCUCCGUUCAGCAAAGAUCUGUGGCAGGCGCUGAUGGCUGCUUACGUUGGGAUCUCUCUGCUCAUGUAUAUAAUUGCCAGGAUAAGUCCAAAAGAGUGGACCAACCCUUAUCCAUGUGUUGAUGAGGGCGAAAUAGAAGAGUUGGAGAAUCAGUUCAGCCUGAACAACUCUUUUUGGUUUGUGACUGGCUCCAUAAUGCAGCAAGGAUCUGAACUGGCCCCUAUUUCAGUAUCCACUCGCAUGCUGGCGUCUGUGUGGUGGUUCUUCACUCUCAUCAUCGUCUCCUCCUACACAGCCAACCUGGCCGCCUUCCUCACAGUAGAGCAGAACGAAGAGAUAUUCCGCAAUGUAGAGGAGCUGGCCAAUCAGAAGCCUAAUGCUCCUGUGUUUGUCAAGUAUGGUGCCAAGGCUGGUGGUGCAACUGAGGGAUUCUUUAAGUCAUCAAAUCACUCAACAUACCAGAGGAUGUGGCAGUACAUGCAGGAGAACUAUGACGACGUGAUGAUGAAGUCUAACCGUGACGGUGUAGACAGAGUGCUGAGCGAUGCUGAUGAGUAUGCCUUCCUGAUGGAGUCUGCCUCUAUAGACUACGAGGUGCAGCGGCAUUGUGAGCUGAGGCAGGUCGGCAACCCUCUGGACAGCAAGGGCUACGGCAUUGUCAUGACUAAGGGUGCUUGGUACAGAAAUAUUCUAAGUAGCAGUGUUAUAAAGUUGCAAGAAAAAGGAAAAUUCACUCAGCUUUAUAAAAAAUGGUGGAGAGAAAAAAGAGGUGGAGGAGCAUGCAAUGAUGAUGGGGAUGGAGCAGACGCAGUUCCAUUGGAUCUGGACAAUGUUGGUGGGGUGUUCCUAGUGCUGGUGUUUGGAACAUUACUUGCUGGGGUCUUAUCUCUGGGAGAACUGAUGUUUGAGGUCUUCAUGAAGGAAGAUAGGGGACCUUUUUGGAAUGAAUUAAAACGAGAACUGAAGUUUGUGAUCAGCUGUAAAGGCACUGUGAAGAAACUAAAAACACCAUCGGAAGAAAAUACUUCUGAAGAAAACUCAGACCCUACCAGAUCUUUCCGUCUUUAG